CGCGAUUGCCGCUAUGGAGGCCGGCAGGACUGCAGUGUUGCGCGUGAAGCGGAAGCGCAACGCGGAGCCCGCGGAGGCUCUCGUGCUGGCCUGUAAACGCCUCCGGAGCGGCGAAGUCGAGUCGUCUGCUCCAGAGACACCAGAGGGUCAGGAGACAGGGGCGGAGAGAAAUGUCUUCCAAUUGGUUGCCACCGUGCGAUCUCAGGAGGAGCCAAUCCAGCAGCUUGUGCGGGCUGCCCUGCGCCCGUCCCGGAGCAGCCAGCUGCGUAUCCGCCGCGAUCUUCGUGCCUCGGUUCGCGAGGUCCGUAAAGAGGGCCGCUACAGAGUAGUCUCCAGCCACCGAUCCUCGGGGACCUCUAACAGUUUGGAGCCCCAGUGUGUGUCAGAAGCUGUCAGGGACGGAGGCUUCCAGUUAUUGGACCUGGUCCACGAGGAAGAAGACCCAGAGGCUGCUGCCACAGACUGCCGCAAAACAUCUGAUCCAGAUGUGAUCCUCUGCAAUUCUGUAGAAUUGAUCCGUGAGAGGCUGACUGUAUCUGAGGAUGGAUCCCAAGUAGAACACCAGGAGGAACCAAAGCACAGUGAUGACUAUGUAUAUGACAUCUACUAUAUGGAGAUGGCCCCUCCAGGGUGGAUUGAGAACAUCCUGUCUGUGCAGCCCUACAGCCAGGAAUGGGAGCUGGUGAAUGAUGAUGAGCAGCCAGAAGAUAUUUAUGAAGAUGAAGAUGAUGAAAACAGUGAAAAUAACUGGCGCAACGAGUACCCAGAUGAAGAAAGCAGUGAUAGAGAUGAAGAUUCCAGAGGCUCUGAUGAAUACAACAGCCUCAGUGAUGAGGAGAGAAGCUGCAGGCGACUGGUGUGGAGCAAAUACCCUUUGGAUGUACAAAAGGAGUUUGGCUAUGACAGCCCCCAUGAUCUGGAUUCAGAUUGAUGGCCUGCUGGUAUCUGUGAGAUUCUUCCACAGGCCUUUAAGCUCUGACUAUAGAGCCAUCAUCUUAGGAUUCCUAACUGAACAUGUGGAAAGAAAAACUUUUACCCCAGCACAGUGAAGACUUCUACUUAUAAGUGAUAAGUGAAGCCAAGCAUGCUGGGUCAUGCCUGUAAUUCCAGCAUUGGAGAGUUUGGGAGCCAAGAACAGUACUGAAAAAGCAAGGCCAGCCUUUAGACUACACAACAAUAAGUUCUAGGCCAGCCUUGGCAUUUUAUUUAAAAAAGAAAAAAAAUUACAAUCUGGAAAAUAAAAUGAUGUAAAACCUCCAGCCCUGGUGGUUUUUCUGUCAUUUUACUUGUAUGCGGGAGUGCCUGCCUCCGGUGAAGCCUGUUCCUUUGAUGGAGAUCACCGCUACACGGACAACAGUGACUCCCCUGCCUAGAGCUAUGGGAGGUCCUUCCUUCCCCAACCCCCUUUAGACUCUGACUAUGGUUAUAAAGACUGCUAUCACCAUACAGUGUGUAUGAAUGUGAUACUCUAAUAAAAACUCAACUUUUUAUAGAGAA